AUGGCAGAUUUGGCUAGCUUGGGCGGAGUUUCAGCAGCGGUUGGUUCAGAAGCAAGGUCGCUCUUCUCACACAACAUGGAAAGAGCUAAAAAACGAUCCGCAGAUGACAAAACCGAUCCGAAGGACUCAGGGCUUGUGCAAUACGCAGAUGACGAGGAGGAUAGAAACGAGGACGACGACGAUGAGGGAGACGAGAUUCGCCUCCUGGAUUUCGACUUCGAGAAGUUCUGCUCAGUGUCACUGUCGAACCUCAACGUGUACGGCUGCCUGGUGUGCGGCAAGUACUUCCAGGGCCGCGCGCGCUCGUCGCACGCGGUGACGCACAGCGUGGACGCGGGGCACCACGUGUUCAUCAACCUGCACUCCGAGAAGGUCUACUGCCUGCCCGAUGGGUAUCAGGUUUCAGACCCGUCGCUCGAUGACAUCAAGAGCGUCCUCAACCCGCGGUUCACUGCCGCCCAGAUAGAGCAGUUCGACCGCAGCAAGCAGUGGGCUCGCGCGUUGGACGGCACGGAUUACAUCCCCGGCAUGGUCGGUCUGAACAACAUAAAGGACACGGGGUACGUGAACGUGAUCAUCCAGUCGCUCGUGCGGGUCACGCCUCUUCGCAACUUCUUCCUCCUCCCCGCCAACUACACGCCCGCCUCCCACUCGCCCGCCGCCCAGCCCACUGCGCUCGUGCGCCGCUUCGGAGAGCUCGUGCGGAAAGUGUGGCACCCGCGCAACUUCAAGGGGCAGUAUGCGACUAUGUCUCACCAGCUGUUGGUGCUUUGGGAUGCACGCCCCUCAUGCCCACCACUUCACUCUCCCUCCCUUCCCUCCUCUCUUUCCCUCUCCCAUUCACUCUCCCUCCCUUCCCUCCUCUCUUUCCCUCUCCCAUUCACUCUCCCUCCCUUCCCUCCUCUCUUUCCCUCUCCGCUCCUUUCUCAUUCUCCGAAACCCCUCCCUUCUAUACCCUUCAGCCCUCACGAGUUCCUCCAAGCCAUCAUGCUCGCCAGCAAGAAGCGGUUUCUCAUCGGCCAGCAGUCCGACCCCCUCGACCUCCUCUCCUGGCUGCUAAACACCCUCCACGCAGACUUAGCUAAAAGCGCCGCUGCUGCGGCUAAAGCCACAGGCAAGAAGGCGCAUCAUAUAAGCUCCAUAAUCCAGGAGUGCUUUCAGGGCGAGCUGGAGGUGAUUAAAGAGGUCGCAGGGAAGAGCAGUUGUAUGGAGGAUGGGAAGAAACGGAAACGGGAGGGGGAGGGGGGAAAGGAAGGGGAGGGUGAAGGGGAGAAGGAGGAGGAUGGGGUGAAACGGGAGGUUCCCCUGUUCAACAUUUUGAAGAAAUUUGAUGGGCAAACCGUGACGGAAGUGGUGCGCCCGCAUCCUGCCCGCAUGCGGUAUCGGAUCACGCGGUUACCGCGGUACCUCAUCCUCCAUAUGAAGCGAUUCAAAAAGAACAAUUUCUUCAUAGAGAAGAACCCCACUCUUGUGAACUUUCCAGUGAAGAGCCUAGAGCUGAGGGACUAUCCGCCACUGCAGGAGGUGGCAUAUGAUGCUGAAACUCAUCCGUUCGUACUCAUGCCCCUUCUCAUUUUGAACUUCCCGGUGAAGAACCUAGAGCUGAAGGACUAUCUGCCGCUGGAGGGGUUGGAAGGCGGGGGGAAGCUUCGCAGCAAGUAUGAUCUUAUUGCCAACGUGGUGCAUGACGGCAAGCCGGGCGAGGGGUCGUACCGUGCAUUCGUGCAGCGCAAGGCGGAAGAAGCAUGCACCCCUGCCGUGGUGCCCUCAAAGCACCCCUGCCGUGGUGCCCUCAAAGCACCCCUGCCGUGGUGCCCUCAAAGCACCCCUGCCGUGGUGCCCUCAAAGCACCCCUGCCGUGGUGCCCUCAAAGCACCCCUGCCGUGGUGCCCUCAAAGCACCCCUGCCGUGGUGCCCUCAAAGCACCCCUGCCGUGGUGCCCUCAAAGCACCCCUGCCGUGGUGCCCUCAAAGCACCCCUGCCGUGGUGCCCUCAAAGCACCCCUGCCGUGGUGCCCUCAAAGCACCCCUGCCGUGGUGCCCUCAAAGCACCCCUGCCGUGGUGCCCUCAAAGCACCCCUGCCGUGGUGCCCUCAAAGCACCCCUGCCGUGGUGCCCUCAAAGCACCCCUGCCGUGGUGCCCUCAAAGCACCCCUGCCGUGGUGCCCUCAAAGCACCCCUGCCGUGGUGCCCUCAAAGCACCCCUGCCGUGGUGCCCUCAAAGCACCCCUGCCGUGGUGCCCUCAAAGCACCCCUGCCGUGGUGCCCUCAAAGCACCCCUGCCGUGGUGCCCUCAAAGCACCCCUGCCGUGGUGCCCUCAAAGCACCCCUGCCGUGGUGCCCUCAAAGCACCCCUGCCGUGGUGCCCUCAAAGCACCCCUGCCGUGGUGCCCUCAAAGCACCCCUGCCGUGGUGCCCUCAAAGCACCCCUGCCGUGGUGCCCUCAAAGCACCCCGGCCGUGGUGCCCUCAAAGCACCCCGGCCGUGGUGCCCUCAAAGCACCCCUGCCGUGGUGCCCUCAAAGCACCCCUGCCGUGGUGCCCUCAAAGCACCCCUGCCGUGGUGCCCUCAAAGCACCCCUGCCGUGGUGCCCUCAAAGCACCCCUGCCGUGGUGCCCUCAAAGCACCCCUGCCGUGGUGCCCUCAAAGCACCCCUGCCGUGGUGCCCUCAAAGCACCCCUGCCGUGGUGCCCUCAAAGCACCCCUGCCGUGGUGCCCUCAAAGCACCCCUGCCGUGGUGCCCUCAAAGCACCCCUGCCGUGGUGCCCUCAAAGCACCCCUGCCGUGGUGCCCUCAAAGCACCCCUGCCGUGGUGCCCUCAAAGCACCCCUGCCGUGGUGCCCUCAAAGCACCCCUGCCGUGGUGCCCUCAAAGCACCCCUGCCGUGGUGCCCUCAAAGCACCCCUGCCGUGGUGCCCUCAAAGCACCCCUGCCGUGGUGCCCUCAAAGCACCCCUGCCGUGGUGCCCUCAAAGCACCCCUGCCGUGGUGCCCUCAAAGCACCCCUGCCGUGGUGCCCUCAAAGCACCCCUGCCGUGGUGCCCUCAAAGCACCCCUGCCGUGGUGCCCUCAAAGCACCCCUGCCGUGGUGCCCUCAAAGCACCCCUGCCGUGGUGCCCUCAAAGCACCCCUGCCGUGGUGCCCUCAAAGCACCCCUGCCGUGGUGCCCUCAAAGCACCCCUGCCGUGGUGCCCUCAAAGCACCCCUGCCGUGGUGCCCUCAAAGCACCCCUGCCGUGGUGCCCUCAAAGCACCCCUGCCGUGGUGCCCUCAAAGCACCCCUGCCGUGGUGCCCUCAAAGCACCCCUGCCGUGGUGCCCUCAAAGCACCCCUGCCGUGGUGCCCUCAAAGCACCCCUGCCGUGGUGCCCUCAAAGCACCCCUGCCGUGGUGCCCUCAAAGCACCCCUGCCGUGGUGCCCUCAAAGCACCCCUGCCGUGGUGCCCUCAAAGCACCCCUGCCGUGGUGCCCUCAAAGCACCCCUGCCGUGGUGCCCUCAAAGCACCCCUGCCGUGGUGCCCUCAAAGCACCCCUGCCGUGGUGCCCUCAAAGCACCCCUGCCGUGGUGCCCUCAAAGCACCCCUGCCGUGGUGCCCUCAAAGCACCCCUGCCGUGGUGCCCUCAAAGCACCCCUGCCGUGGUGCCCUCAAAGCACCCCUGCCGUGGUGCCCUCAAAGCACCCCUGCCGUGGUGCCCUCAAAGCACCCCUGCCGUGGUGCCCUCAAAGCACCCCUGCCGUGGUGCCCUCAAAGCACCCCUGCCGUGGUGCCCUCAAAGCACCCCUGCCGUGGUGCCCUCAAAGCACCCCUGCCGUGGUGCCCUCAAAGCACCCCUGCCGUGGUGCCCUCAAAGCACCCCUGCCGUGGUGCCCUCAAAGCACCCCUGCCGUGGUGCCCUCAAAGCACCCCUGCCGUGGUGCCCUCAAAGCACCCCUGCCGUGGUGCCCUCAAAGCACCCCUGCCGUGGUGCCCUCAAAGCACCCCUGCCGUGGUGCCCUCAAAGCACCCCUGCCGUGGUGCCCUCAAAGCACCCCUGCCGUGGUGCCCUCAAAGCACCCCUGCCGUGGUGCCCUCAAAGCACCCCUGCCGUGGUGCCCUCAAAGCACCCCUGCCGUGGUGCCCUCAAAGCACCCCUGCCGUGGUGCCCUCAAAGCACCCCUGCCGUGGUGCCCUCAAAGCACCCCUGCCGUGGUGCCCUCAAAGCACCCCUGCCGUGGUGCCCUCAAAGCACCCCUGCCGUGGUGCCCUCAAAGCACCCCUGCCGUGGUGCCCUCAAAGCACCCCUGCCGUGGUGCCCUCAAAGCACCCCUGCCGUGGUGCCCUCAAAGCACCCCUGCCGUGGUGCCCUCAAAGCACCCCUGCCGUGGUGCCCUCAAAGCACCCCUGCCGUGGUGCCCUCAAAGCACCCCUGCCGUGGUGCCCUCAAAGCACCCCUGCCGUGGUGCCCUCAAAGCACCCCUGCCGUGGUGCCCUCAAAGCACCCCUGCCGUGGUGCCCUCAAAGCACCCCUGCCGUGGUGCCCUCAAAGCACCCCUGCCGUGGUGCCCUCAAAGCACCCCUGCCGUGGUGCCCUCAAAGCACCCCUGCCGUGGUGCCCUCAAAGCACCCCUGCCGUGGUGCCCUCAAAGCACCCCUGCCGUGGUGCCCUCAAAGCACCCCUGCCGUGGUGCCCUCAAAGCACCCCUGCCGUGGUGCCCUCAAAGCACCCCUGCCGUGGUGCCCUCAAAGCACCCCUGCCGUGGUGCCCUCAAAGCACCCCUGCCGUGGUGCCCUCAAAGCACCCCUGCCGUGGUGCCCUCAAAGCACCCCUGCCGUGGUGCCCUCAAAGCACCCCUGCCGUGGUGCCCUCAAAGCACCCCUGCCGUGGUGCCCUCAAAGCACCCCUGCCGUGGUGCCCUCAAAGCACCCCUGCCGUGGUGCCCUCAAAGCACCCCUGCCGUGGUGCCCUCAAAGCACCCCUGCCGUGGUGCCCUCAAAGCACCCCUGCCGUGGUGCCCUCAAAGCACCCCUGCCGUGGUGCCCUCAAAGCACCCCUGCCGUGGUGCCCUCAAAGCACCCCUGCCGUGGUGCCCUCAAAGCACCCCUGCCGUGGUGCCCUCAAAGCACCCCUGCCGUGGUGCCCUCAAAGCACCCCUGCCGUGGUGCCCUCAAAGCACCCCUGCCGUGGUGCCCUCAAAGCACCCCUGCCGUGGUGCCCUCAAAGCACCCCUGCCGUGGUGCCCUCAAAGCACCCCUGCCGUGGUGCCCUCAAAGCACCCCUGCCGUGGUGCCCUCAAAGCACCCCUGCCGUGGUGCCCUCAAAGCACCCCUGCCGUGGUGCCCUCAAAGCACCCCUGCCGUGGUGCCCUCAAAGCACCCCUGCCGUGGUGCCCUCAAAGCACCCCUGCCGUGGUGCCCUCAAAGCACCCCUGCCGUGGUGCCCUCAAAGCACCCCUGCCGUGGUGCCCUCAAAGCACCCCUGCCGUGGUGCCCUCAAAGCACCCCUGCCGUGGUGCCCUCAAAGCACCCCUGCCGUGGUGCCCUCAAAGCACCCCUGCCGUGGUGCCCUCAAAGCACCCCUGCCGUGGUGCCCUCAAAGCACCCCUGCCGUGGUGCCCUCAAAGCACCCCUGCCGUGGUGCCCUCAAAGCACCCCUGCCGUGGUGCCCUCAAAGCACCCCUGCCGUGGUGCCCUCAAAGCACCCCUGCCGUGGUGCCCUCAAAGCACCCCUGCCGUGGUGCCCUCAAAGCACCCCUGCCGUGGUGCCCUCAAAGCACCCCUGCCGUGGUGCCCUCAAAGCACCCCUGCCGUGGUGCCCUCAAAGCACCCCUGCCGUGGUGCCCUCAAAGCACCCCUGCCGUGGUGCCCUCAAAGCACCCCUGCCGUGGUGCCCUCAAAGCACCCCUGCCGUGGUGCCCUCAAAGCACCCCUGCCGUGGUGCCCUCAAAGCACCCCUGCCGUGGUGCCCUCAAAGCACCCCUGCCGUGGUGCCCUCAAAGCACCCCUGCCGUGGUGCCCUCAAAGCACCCCUGCCGUGGUGCCCUCAAAGCACCCCUGCCGUGGUGCCCUCAAAGCACCCCUGCCGUGGUGCCCUCAAAGCACCCCUGCCGUGGUGCCCUCAAAGCACCCCUGCCGUGGUGCCCUCAAAGCACCCCUGCCGUGGUGCCCUCAAAGCACCCCUGCCGUGGUGCCCUCAAAGCACCCCUGCCGUGGUGCCCUCAAAGCACCCCUGCCGUGGUGCCCUCAAAGCACCCCUGCCGUGGUGCCCUCAAAGCACCCCUGCCGUGGUGCCCUCAAAGCACCCCUGCCGUGGUGCCCUCAAAGCACCCCUGCCGUGGUGCCCUCAAAGCACCCCUGCCGUGGUGCCCUCAAAGCACCCCUGCCGUGGUGCCCUCAAAGCACCCCUGCCGUGGUGCCCUCAAAGCACCCCUGCCGUGGUGCCCUCAAAGCACCCCUGCCGUGGUGCCCUCAAAGCACCCCUGCCGUGGUGCCCUCAAAGCACCCCUGCCGUGGUGCCCUCAAAGCACCCCUGCCGUGGUGCCCUCAAAGCACCCCUGCCGUGGUGCCCUCAAAGCACCCCUGCCGUGGUGCCCUCAAAGCACCCCUGCCGUGGUGCCCUCAAAGCACCCCUGCCGUGGUGCCCUCAAAGCACCCCUGCCGUGGUGCCCUCAAAGCACCCCUGCCGUGGUGCCCUCAAAGCACCCCUGCCGUGGUGCCCUCAAAGCACCCCUGCCGUGGUGCCCUCAAAGCACCCCUGCCGUGGUGCCCUCAAAGCACCCCUGCCGUGGUGCCCUCAAAGCACCCCUGCCGUGGUGCCCUCAAAGCACCCCUGCCGUGGUGCCCUCAAAGCACCCCUGCCGUGGUGCCCUCAAAGCACCCCUGCCGUGGUGCCCUCAAAGCACCCCUGCCGUGGUGCCCUCAAAGCACCCCUGCCGUGGUGCCCUCAAAGCACCCCUGCCGUGGUGCCCUCAAAGCACCCCUGCCGUGGUGCCCUCAAAGCACCCCUGCCGUGGUGCCCUCAAAGCACCCCUGCCGUGGUGCCCUCAAAGCACCCCUGCCGUGGUGCCCUCAAAGCACCCCUGCCGUGGUGCCCUCAAAGCACCCCUGCCGUGGUGCCCUCAAAGCACCCCUGCCGUGGUGCCCUCAAAGCACCCCUGCCGUGGUGCCCUCAAAGCACCCCUGCCGUGGUGCCCUCAAAGCACCCCUGCCGUGGUGCCCUCAAAGCACCCCUGCCGUGGUGCCCUCAAAGCACCCCUGCCGUGGUGCCCUCAAAGCACCCCUGCCGUGGUGCCCUCAAAGCACCCCUGCCGUGGUGCCCUCAAAGCACCCCUGCCGUGGUGCCCUCAAAGCACCCCUGCCGUGGUGCCCUCAAAGCACCCCUGCCGUGGUGCCCUCAAAGCACCCCUGCCGUGGUGCCCUCAAAGCACCCCUGCCGUGGUGCCCUCAAAGCACCCCUGCCGUGGUGCCCUCAAAGCACCCCUGCCGUGGUGCCCUCAAAGCACCCCUGCCGUGGUGCCCUCAAAGCACCCCUGCCGUGGUGCCCUCAAAGCACCCCUGCCGUGGUGCCCUCAAAGCACCCCUGCCGUGGUGCCCUCAAAGCACCCCUGCCGUGGUGCCCUCAAAGCACCCCUGCCGUGGUGCCCUCAAAGCACCCCUGCCGUGGUGCCCUCAAAGCACCCCUGCCGUGGUGCCCUCAAAGCACCCCUGCCGUGGUGCCCUCAAAGCACCCCUGCCGUGGUGCCCUCAAAGCACCCCUGCCGUGGUGCCCUCAAAGCACCCCUGCCGUGGUGCCCUCAAAGCACCCCUGCCGUGGUGCCCUCAAAGCACCCCUGCCGUGGUGCCCUCAAAGCACCCCUGCCGUGGUGCCCUCAAAGCACCCCUGCCGUGGUGCCCUCAAAGCACCCCUGCCGUGGUGCCCUCAAAGCACCCCUGCCGUGGUGCCCUCAAAGCACCCCUGCCGUGGUGCCCUCAAAGCACCCCUGCCGUGGUGCCCUCAAAGCACCCCUGCCGUGGUGCCCUCAAAGCACCCCUGCCGUGGUGCCCUCAAAGCACCCCUGCCGUGGUGCCCUCAAAGCACCCCUGCCGUGGUGCCCUCAAAGCACCCCUGCCGUGGUGCCCUCAAAGCACCCCUGCCGUGGUGCCCUCAAAGCACCCCUGCCGUGGUGCCCUCAAAGCACCCCUGCCGUGGUGCCCUCAAAGCACCCCUGCCGUGGUGCCCUCAAAGCACCCCUGCCGUGGUGCCCUCAAAGCACCCCUGCCGUGGUGCCCUCAAAGCACCCCUGCCGUGGUGCCCUCAAAGCACCCCUGCCGUGGUGCCCUCAAAGCACCCCUGCCGUGGUGCCCUCAAAGCACCCCUGCCGUGGUGCCCUCAAAGCACCCCUGCCGUGGUGCCCUCAAAGCACCCCUGCCGUGGUGCCCUCAAAGCACCCCUGCCGUGGUGCCCUCAAAGCACCCCUGCCGUGGUGCCCUCAAAGCACCCCUGCCGUGGUGCCCUCAAAGCACCCCUGCCGUGGUGCCCUCAAAGCACCCCUGCCGUGGUGCCCUCAAAGCACCCCUGCCGUGGUGCCCUCAAAGCACCCCUGCCGUGGUGCCCUCAAAGCACCCCUGCCGUGGUGCCCUCAAAGCACCCCUGCCGUGGUGCCCUCAAAGCACCCCUGCCGUGGUGCCCUCAAAGCACCCCUGCCGUGGUGCCCUCAAAGCACCCCUGCCGUGGUGCCCUCAAAGCACCCCUGCCGUGGUGCCCUCAAAGCACCCCUGCCGUGGUGCCCUCAAAGCACCCCUGCCGUGGUGCCCUCAAAGCACCCCUGCCGUGGUGCCCUCAAAGCACCCCUGCCGUGGUGCCCUCAAAGCACCCCUGCCGUGGUGCCCUCAAAGCACCCCUGCCGUGGUGCCCUCAAAGCACCCCUGCCGUGGUGCCCUCAAAGCACCCCUGCCGUGGUGCCCUCAAAGCACCCCUGCCGUGGUGCCCUCAAAGCACCCCUGCCGUGGUGCCCUCAAAGCACCCCUGCCGUGGUGCCCUCAAAGCACCCCUGCCGUGGUGCCCUCAAAGCACCCCUGCCGUGGUGCCCUCAAAGCACCCCUGCCGUGGUGCCCUCAAAGCACCCCUGCCGUGGUGCCCUCAAAGCACCCCUGCCGUGGUGCCCUCAAAGCACCCCUGCCGUGGUGCCCUCAAAGCACCCCUGCCGUGGUGCCCUCAAAGCACCCCUGCCGUGGUGCCCUCAAAGCACCCCUGCCGUGGUGCCCUCAAAGCACCCCGUGGUGCCCUCAAAGCACCCCUGCCGUGGUGCCCUCAAAGCACCCCUGCCGUGGUGCCCUCAAAGCACCCCUGCCGUGGUGCCCUCAAAGCACCCCUGCCGUGGUGCCCUCAAAGCACCCCUGCCGUGGUGCCCUCAAAGCACCCCUGCCGUGGUGCCCUCAAAGCACCCCUGCCGUGGUGCCCUCAAAGCACCCCUGCCGUGGUGCCCUCAAAGCACCCCUGCCGUGGUGCCCUCAAAGCACCCCUGCCGUGGUGCCCUCAAAGCACCCCUGCCGUGGUGCCCUCAAAGCACCCCUGCCGUGGUGCCCUCAAAGCACCCCUGCCGUGGUGCCCUCAAAGCACCCCUGCCGUGGUGCCCUCAAAGCACCCCUGCCGUGGUGCCCUCAAAGCACCCCUGCCGUGGUGCCCUCAAAGCACCCCUGCCGUGGUGCCCUCAAAGCACCCCUGCCGUGGUGCCCUCAAAGCACCCCUGCCGUGGUGCCCUCAAAGCACCCCUGCCGUGGUGCCCUCAAAGCACCCCUGCCGUGGUGCCCUCAAAGCACCCCUGCCGUGGUGCCCUCAAAGCACCCCUGCCGUGGUGCCCUCAAAGCACCCCUGCCGUGGUGCCCUCAAAGCACCCCUGCCGUGGUGCCCUCAAAGCACCCCUGCCGUGGUGCCCUCAAAGCACCCCUGCCGUGGUGCCCUCAAAGCACCCCUGCCGUGGUGCCCUCAAAGCACCCCUGCCGUGGUGCCCUCAAAGCACCCCUGCCGUGGUGCCCUCAAAGCACCCCUGCCGUGGUGCCCUCAAAGCACCCCUGCCGUGGUGCCCUCAAAGCACCCCUGCCGUGGUGCCCUCAAAGCACCCAUGCCUAAGCCCCGUGGUGCCCUCAAAGCACCCCUGCCGUGGUGCCCUCAAAGCACCCCUGCCGUGGUGCCCUCAAAGCACCCCUGCCGUGGUGCCCUCAAAGCACCCCUGCCGUGGUGCCCUCAAAGCACCCCUGCCGUGGUGCCCUCAAAGCACCCCUGCCGUGGUGCCCUCAAAGCACCCCUGCCGUGGUGCCCUCAAAGCACCCCUGCCGUGGUGCCCUCAAAGCACCCCUGCCGUGGUGCCCUCAAAGCACCCCUGCCGUGGUGCCCUCAAAGCACCCCUGCCGUGGUGCCCUCAAAGCACCCCUGCCGUGGUGCCCUCAAAGCACCCCUGCCGUGGUGCCCUCAAAGCACCCCUGCCGUGGUGCCCUCAAAGCACCCCUGCCGUGGUGCCCUCAAAGCACCCCUGCCGUGGUGCCCUCAAAGCACCCCUGCCGUGGUGCCCUCAAAGCACCCCUGCCGUGGUGCCCUCAAAGCACCCCUGCCGUGGUGCCCUCAAAGCACCCCUGCCGUGGUGCCCUCAAAGCACCCCUGCCGUGGUGCCCUCAAAGCACCCCUGCCGUGGUGCCCUCAAAGCACCCCUGCCGUGGUGCCCUCAAAGCACCCCUGCCGUGGUGCCCUCAAAGCACCCCUGCCGUGGUGCCCUCAAAGCACCCCUGCCGUGGUGCCCUCAAAGCACCCCUGCCGUGGUGCCCUCAAAGCACCCCUGCCGUGGUGCCCUCAAAGCACCCCUGCCGUGGUGCCCUCAAAGCACCCCUGCCGUGGUGCCCUCAAAGCACCCCUGCCGUGGUGCCCUCAAAGCACCCCUGCCGUGGUGCCCUCAAAGCACCCCUGCCGUGGUGCCCUCAAAGCACCCCUGCCGUGGUGCCCUCAAAGCACCCCUGCCGUGGUGCCCUCAAAGCACCCCUGCCGUGGUGCCCUCAAAGCACCCCUGCCGUGGUGCCCUCAAAGCACCCCUGCCGUGGUGCCCUCAAAGCACCCCUGCCGUGGUGCCCUCAAAGCACCCCUGCCGUGGUGCCCUCAAAGCACCCCUGCCGUGGUGCCCUCAAAGCACCCCUGCCGUGGUGCCCUCAAAGCACCCCUGCCGUGGUGCCCUCAAAGCACCCCUGCCGUGGUGCCCUCAAAGCACCCCUGCCGUGGUGCCCUCAAAGCACCCCUGCCGUGGUGCCCUCAAAGCACCCCUGCCGUGGUGCCCUCAAAGCACCCCUGCCGUGGUGCCCUCAAAGCACCCCUGCCGUGGUGCCCUCAAAGCACCCCUGCCGUGGUGCCCUCAAAGCACCCCUGCCGUGGUGCCCUCAAAGCACCCCUGCCGUGGUGCCCUCAAAGCACCCCUGCCGUGGUGCCCUCAAAGCACCCCUGCCGUGGUGCCCUCAAAGCACCCCUGCCGUGGUGCCCUCAAAGCACCCCUGCCGUGGUGCCCUCAAAGCACCCCUGCCGUGGUGCCCUCAAAGCACCCCUGCCGUGGUGCCCUCAAAGCACCCCUGCCGUGGUGCCCUCAAAGCACCCCUGCCGUGGUGCCCUCAAAGCACCCCUGCCGUGCACCCCUGCCGUGGUGCCCUCAAAGCACCCCUGCCGUGGUGCCCUCAAAGCACCCCUGCCGUGGUGCCCUCAAAGCACCCCUGCCGUGGUGCCCUCAAAGCACCCCUGCCGUGGUGCCCUCAAAGCACCCCUGCCGUGGUGCCCUCAAAGCACCCCUGCCGUGGUGCCCUCAAAGCACCCCUGCCGUGGUGCCCUCAAAGCACCCCUGCCGUGGUGCCCUCAAAGCACCCCUGCCGUGGUGCCCUCAAAGCACCCCUGCCGUGGUGCCCUCAAAGCACCCCUGCCGUGGUGCCCUCAAAGCACCCCUGCCGUGGUGCCCUCAAAGCACCCCUGCCGUGGUGCCCUCAAAGCACCCCUGCCGUGGUGCCCUCAAAGCACCCCUGCCGUGGUGCCCUCAAAGCACCCCUGCCGUGGUGCCCUCAAAGCACCCCUGCCGUGGUGCCCUCAAAGCACCCCUGCCGUGGUGCCCUCAAAGCACCCCUGCCGUGGUGCCCUCAAAGCACCCCUGCCGUGGUGCCCUCAAAGCACCCCUGCCGUGGUGCCCUCAAAGCACCCCUGCCGUGGUGCCCUCAAAGCACCCCUGCCGUGGUGCCCUCAAAGCACCCCUGCCGUGGUGCCCUCAAAGCACCCCUGCCGUGGUGCCCUCAAAGCACCCCUGCCGUGGUGCCCUCAAAGCACCCCUGCCGUGGUGCCCUCAAAGCACCCCUGCCGUGGUGCCCUCAAAGCACCCCUGCCGUGGUGCCCUCAAAGCACCCCUGCCGUGGUGCCCUCAAAGCACCCCUGCCGUGGUGCCCUCAAAGCACCCCUGCCGUGGUGCCCUCAAAGCACCCCUGCCGUGGUGCCCUCAAAGCACCCCUGCCGUGGUGCCCUCAAAGCACCCCUGCCGUGGUGCCCUCAAAGCACCCCUGCCGUGGUGCCCUCAAAGCACCCCUGCCGUGGUGCCCUCAAAGCACCCCUGCCGUGGUGCCCUCAAAGCACCCCUGCCGUGGUGCCCUCAAAGCACCCCUGCCGUGGUGCCCUCAAAGCACCCCUGCCGUGGUGCCCUCAAAGCACCCCUGCCGUGGUGCCCUCAAAGCACCCCUGCCGUGGUGCCCUCAAAGCACCCCUGCCGUGGUGCCCUCAAAGCACCCCUGCCGUGGUGCCCUCAAAGCACCCCUGCCGUGGUGCCCUCAAAGCACCCCUGCCGUGGUGCCCUCAAAGCACCCCUGCCGUGGUGCCCUCAAAGCACCCCUGCCGUGGUGCCCUCAAAGCACCCCUGCCGUGGUGCCCUCAAAGCACCCCUGCCGUGGUGCCCUCAAAGCACCCCUGCCGUGGUGCCCUCAAAGCACCCCUGCCGUGGUGCCCUCAAAGCACCCCUGCCGUGGUGCCCUCAAAGCACCCCUGCCGUGGUGCCCUCAAAGCACCCCUGCCGUGGUGCCCUCAAAGCACCCCUGCCGUGGUGCCCUCAAAGCACCCCUGCCGUGGUGCCCUCAAAGCACCCCUGCCGUGGUGCCCUCAAAGCACCCCUGCCGUGGUGCCCUCAAAGCACCCCUGCCGUGGUGCCCUCAAAGCACCCCUGCCGUGGUGCCCUCAAAGCACCCCUGCCGUGGUGCCCUCAAAGCACCCCUGCCGUGGUGCCCUCAAAGCACCCCUGCCGUGGUGCCCUCAAAGCACCCCUGCCGUGGUGCCCUCAAAGCACCCCUGCCGUGGUGCCCUCAAAGCACCCCUGCCGUGGUGCCCUCAAAGCACCCCUGCCGUGGUGCCCUCAAAGCACCCCUGCCGUGGUGCCCUCAAAGCACCCCUGCCGUGGUGCCCUCAAAGCACCCCUGCCGUGGUGCCCUCAAAGCACCCCUGCCGUGGUGCCCUCAAAGCACCCCUGCCGUGGUGCCCUCAAAGCACCCCUGCCGUGGUGCCCUCAAAGCACCCCUGCCGUGGUGCCCUCAAAGCACCCCUGCCGUGGUGCCCUCAAAGCACCCCUGCCGUGGUGCCCUCAAAGCACCCCUGCCGUGGUGCCCUCAAAGCACCCCUGCCGUGGUGCCCUCAAAGCACCCCUGCCGUGGUGCCCUCAAAGCACCCCUGCCGUGGUGCCCUCAAAGCACCCCUGCCGUGGUGCCCUCAAAGCACCCCUGCCGUGGUGCCCUCAAAGCACCCCUGCCGUGGUGCCCUCAAAGCACCCCUGCCGUGGUGCCCUCAAAGCACCCCUGCCGUGGUGCCCUCAAAGCACCCCUGCCGUGGUGCCCUCAAAGCACCCCUGCCGUGGUGCCCUCAAAGCACCCCUGCCGUGGUGCCCUCAAAGCACCCCUGCCGUGGUGCCCUCAAAGCACCCCUGCCGUGGUGCCCUCAAAGCACCCCUGCCGUGGUGCCCUCAAAGCACCCCUGCCGUGGUGCCCUCAAAGCACCCCUGCCGUGGUGCCCUCAAAGCACCCCUGCCGUGGUGCCCUCAAAGCACCCCUGCCGUGGUGCCCUCAAAGCACCCCUGCCGUGGUGCCCUCAAAGCACCCCUGCCGUGGUGCCCUCAAAGCACCCCUGCCGUGGUGCCCUCAAAGCACCCCUGCCGUGGUGCCCUCAAAGCACCCCUGCCGUGGUGCCCUCAAAGCACCCCUGCCGUGGUGCCCUCAAAGCACCCCUGCCGUGGUGCCCUCAAAGCACCCCUGCCGUGGUGCCCUCAAAGCACCCCUGCCGUGGUGCCCUCAAAGCACCCCUGCCGUGGUGCCCUCAAAGCACCCCUGCCGUGGUGCCCUCAAAGCACCCCUGCCGUGGUGCCCUCAAAGCACCCCUGCCGUGGUGCCCUCAAAGCACCCCUGCCGUGGUGCCCUCAAAGCACCCCUGCCGUGGUGCCCUCAAAGCACCCCUGCCGUGGUGCCCUCAAAGCACCCCUGCCGUGGUGCCCUCAAAGCACCCCUGCCGUGGUGCCCUCAAAGCACCCCUGCCGUGGUGCCCUCAAAGCACCCCUGCCGUGGUGCCCUCAAAGCACCCCUGCCGUGGUGCCCUCAAAGCACCCCUGCCGUGGUGCCCUCAAAGCACCCCUGCCGUGGUGCCCUCAAAGCACCCCUGCCGUGGUGCCCUCAAAGCACCCCUGCCGUGGUGCCCUCAAAGCACCCCUGCCGUGGUGCCCUCAAAGCACCCCUGCCGUGGUGCCCUCAAAGCACCCCUGCCGUGGUGCCCUCAAAGCACCCCUGCCGUGGUGCCCUCAAAGCACCCCUGCCGUGGUGCCCUCAAAGCACCCCUGCCGUGGUGCCCUCAAAGCACCCCUGCCGUGGUGCCCUCAAAGCACCCCUGCCGUGGUGCCCUCAAAGCACCCCUGCCGUGGUGCCCUCAAAGCACCCCUGCCGUGGUGCCCUCAAAGCACCCCUGCCGUGGUGCCCUCAAAGCACCCCUGCCGUGGUGCCCUCAAAGCACCCCUGCCGUGGUGCCCUCAAAGCACCCCUGCCGUGGUGCCCUCAAAGCACCCCUGCCGUGGUGCCCUCAAAGCACCCCUGCCGUGGUGCCCUCAAAGCACCCCUGCCGUGGUGCCCUCAAAGCACCCCUGCCGUGGUGCCCUCAAAGCACCCCUGCCGUGGUGCCCUCAAAGCACCCCUGCCGUGGUGCCCUCAAAGCACCCCUGCCGUGGUGCCCUCAAAGCACCCCUGCCGUGGUGCCCUCAAAGCACCCCUGCCGUGGUGCCCUCAAAGCACCCCUGCCGUGGUGCCCUCAAAGCACCCCUGCCGUGGUGCCCUCAAAGCACCCCUGCCGUGGUGCCCUCAAAGCACCCCUGCCGUGGUGCCCUCAAAGCACCCCUGCCGUGGUGCCCUCAAAGCACCCCUGCCGUGGUGCCCUCAAAGCACCCCUGCCGUGGUGCCCUCAAAGCACCCCUGCCGUGGUGCCCUCAAAGCACCCCUGCCGUGGUGCCCUCAAAGCACCCCUGCCGUGGUGCCCUCAAAGCACCCCUGCCGUGGUGCCCUCAAAGCACCCCUGCCGUGGUGCCCUCAAAGCACCCCUGCCGUGGUGCCCUCAAAGCACCCCUGCCGUGGUGCCCUCAAAGCACCCCUGCCGUGGUGCCCUCAAAGCACCCCUGCCGUGGUGCCCUCAAAGCACCCCUGCCGUGGUGCCCUCAAAGCACCCCUGCCGUGGUGCCCUCAAAGCACCCCUGCCGUGGUGCCCUCAAAGCACCCCUGCCGUGGUGCCCUCAAAGCACCCCUGCCGUGGUGCCCUCAAAGCACCCCUGCCGUGGUGCCCUCAAAGCACCCCUGCCGUGGUGCCCUCAAAGCACCCCUGCCGUGGUGCCCUCAAAGCACCCCUGCCGUGGUGCCCUCAAAGCACCCCUGCCGUGGUGCCCUCAAAGCACCCCUGCCGUGGUGCCCUCAAAGCACCCCUGCCGUGGUGCCCUCAAAGCACCCCUGCCGUGGUGCCCUCAAAGCACCCCUGCCGUGGUGCCCUCAAAGCACCCCUGCCGUGGUGCCCUCAAAGCACCCCUGCCGUGGUGCCCUCAAAGCACCCCUGCCGUGGUGCCCUCAAAGCACCCCUGCCGUGGUGCCCUCAAAGCACCCCUGCCGUGGUGCCCUCAAAGCACCCCUGCCGUGGUGCCCUCAAAGCACCCCUGCCGUGGUGCCCUCAAAGCACCCCUGCCGUGGUGCCCUCAAAGCACCCCUGCCGUGGUGCCCUCAAAGCACCCCUGCCGUGGUGCCCUCAAAGCACCCCUGCCGUGGUGCCCUCAAAGCACCCCUGCCGUGGUGCCCUCAAAGCACCCCUGCCGUGGUGCCCUCAAAGCACCCCUGCCGUGGUGCCCUCAAAGCACCCCUGCCGUGGUGCCCUCAAAGCACCCCUGCCGUGGUGCCCUCAAAGCACCCCUGCCGUGGUGCCCUCAAAGCACCCCUGCCGUGGUGCCCUCAAAGCACCCCUGCCGUGGUGCCCUCAAAGCACCCCUGCCGUGGUGCCCUCAAAGCACCCCUGCCGUGGUGCCCUCAAAGCACCCCUGCCGUGGUGCCCUCAAAGCACCCCUGCCGUGGUGCCCUCAAAGCACCCCUGCCGUGGUGCCCUCAAAGCACCCCUGCCGUGGUGCCCUCAAAGCACCCCUGCCGUGGUGCCCUCAAAGCACCCCUGCCGUGGUGCCCUCAAAGCACCCCUGCCGUGGUGCCCUCAAAGCACCCCUGCCGUGGUGCCCUCAAAGCACCCCUGCCGUGGUGCCCUCAAAGCACCCCUGCCGUGGUGCCCUCAAAGCACCCCUGCCGUGGUGCCCUCAAAGCACCCCUGCCGUGGUGCCCUCAAAGCACCCCUGCCGUGGUGCCCUCAAAGCACCCCUGCCGUGGUGCCCUCAAAGCACCCCUGCCGUGGUGCCCUCAAAGCACCCCUGCCGUGGUGCCCUCAAAGCACCCCUGCCGUGGUGCCCUCAAAGCACCCCUGCCGUGGUGCCCUCAAAGCACCCCUGCCGUGGUGCCCUCAAAGCACCCCUGCCGUGGUGCCCUCAAAGCACCCCUGCCGUGGUGCCCUCAAAGCACCCCUGCCGUGGUGCCCUCAAAGCACCCCUGCCGUGGUGCCCUCAAAGCACCCCUGCCGUGGUGCCCUCAAAGCACCCCUGCCGUGGUGCCCUCAAAGCACCCCUGCCGUGGUGCCCUCAAAGCACCCCUGCCGUGGUGCCCUCAAAGCACCCCUGCCGUGGUGCCCUCAAAGCACCCCUGCCGUGGUGCCCUCAAAGCACCCCUGCCGUGGUGCCCUCAAAGCACCCCUGCCGUGGUGCCCUCAAAGCACCCCUGCCGUGGUGCCCUCAAAGCACCCCUGCCGUGGUGCCCUCAAAGCACCCCUGCCGUGGUGCCCUCAAAGCACCCCUGCCGUGGUGCCCUCAAAGCACCCCUGCCGUGGUGCCCUCAAAGCACCCCUGCCGUGGUGCCCUCAAAGCACCCCUGCCGUGGUGCCCUCAAAGCACCCCUGCCGUGGUGCCCUCAAAGCACCCCUGCCGUGGUGCCCUCAAAGCACCCCUGCCGUGGUGCCCUCAAAGCACCCCUGCCGUGGUGCCCUCAAAGCACCCCUGCCGUGGUGCCCUCAAAGCACCCCUGCCGUGGUGCCCUCAAAGCACCCCUGCCGUGGUGCCCUCAAAGCACCCCUGCCGUGGUGCCCUCAAAGCACCCCUGCCGUGGUGCCCUCAAAGCACCCCUGCCGUGGUGCCCUCAAAGCACCCCUGCCGUGGUGCCCUCAAAGCACCCCUGCCGUGGUGCCCUCAAAGCACCCCUGCCGUGGUGCCCUCAAAGCACCCCUGCCGUGGUGCCCUCAAAGCACCCCUGCCGUGGUGCCCUCAAAGCACCCCUGCCGUGGUGCCCUCAAAGCACCCCUGCCGUGGUGCCCUCAAAGCACCCCUGCCGUGGUGCCCUCAAAGCACCCCUGCCGUGGUGCCCUCAAAGCACCCCUGCCGUGGUGCCCUCAAAGCACCCCUGCCGUGGUGCCCUCAAAGCACCCCUGCCGUGGUGCCCUCAAAGCACCCCUGCCGUGGUGCCCUCAAAGCACCCCUGCCGUGGUGCCCUCAAAGCACCCCUGCCGUGGUGCCCUCAAAGCACCCCUGCCGUGGUGCCCUCAAAGCACCCCUGCCGUGGUGCCCUCAAAGCACCCCUGCCGUGGUGCCCUCAAAGCACCCCUGCCGUGGUGCCCUCAAAGCACCCCUGCCGUGGUGCCCUCAAAGCACCCCUGCCGUGGUGCCCUCAAAGCACCCCUGCCGUGGUGCCCUCAAAGCACCCCUGCCGUGGUGCCCUCAAAGCACCCCUGCCGUGGUGCCCUCAAAGCACCCCUGCCGUGGUGCCCUCAAAGCACCCCUGCCGUGGUGCCCUCAAAGCACCCCUGCCGUGGUGCCCUCAAAGCACCCCUGCCGUGGUGCCCUCAAAGCACCCCUGCCGUGGUGCCCUCAAAGCACCCCUGCCGUGGUGCCCUCAAAGCACCCCUGCCGUGGUGCCCUCAAAGCACCCCUGCCGUGGUGCCCUCAAAGCACCCCUGCCGUGGUGCCCUCAAAGCACCCCUGCCGUGGUGCCCUCAAAGCACCCCUGCCGUGGUGCCCUCAAAGCACCCCUGCCGUGGUGCCCUCAAAGCACCCCUGCCGUGGUGCCCUCAAAGCACCCCUGCCGUGGUGCCCUCAAAGCACCCCUGCCGUGGUGCCCUCAAAGCACCCCUGCCGUGGUGCCCUCAAAGCACCCCUGCCGUGGUGCCCUCAAAGCACCCCUGCCGUGGUGCCCUCAAAGCACCCCUGCCGUGGUGCCCUCAAAGCACCCCUGCCGUGGUGCCCUCAAAGCACCCCUGCCGUGGUGCCCUCAAAGCACCCCUGCCGUGGUGCCCUCAAAGCACCCCUGCCGUGGUGCCCUCAAAGCACCCCUGCCGUGGUGCCCUCAAAGCACCCCUGCCGUGGUGCCCUCAAAGCACCCCUGCCGUGGUGCCCUCAAAGCACCCCUGCCGUGGUGCCCUCAAAGCACCCCUGCCGUGGUGCCCUCAAAGCACCCCUGCCGUGGUGCCCUCAAAGCACCCCUGCCGUGGUGCCCUCAAAGCACCCCUGCCGUGGUGCCCUCAAAGCACCCCUGCCGUGGUGCCCUCAAAGCACCCCUGCCGUGGUGCCCUCAAAGCACCCCUGCCGUGGUGCCCUCAAAGCACCCCUGCCGUGGUGCCCUCAAAGCACCCCUGCCGUGGUGCCCUCAAAGCACCCCUGCCGUGGUGCCCUCAAAGCACCCCUGCCGUGGUGCCCUCAAAGCACCCCUGCCGUGGUGCCCUCAAAGCACCCCUGCCGUGGUGCCCUCAAAGCACCCCUGCCGUGGUGCCCUCAAAGCACCCCUGCCGUGGUGCCCUCAAAGCACCCCUGCCGUGGUGCCCUCAAAGCACCCCUGCCGUGGUGCCCUCAAAGCACCCCUGCCGUGGUGCCCUCAAAGCACCCCUGCCGUGGUGCCCUCAAAGCACCCCUGCCGUGGUGCCCUCAAAGCACCCCUGCCGUGGUGCCCUCAAAGCACCCCUGCCGUGGUGCCCUCAAAGCACCCCUGCCGUGGUGCCCUCAAAGCACCCCUGCCGUGGUGCCCUCAAAGCACCCCUGCCGUGGUGCCCUCAAAGCACCCCUGCCGUGGUGCCCUCAAAGCACCCCUGCCGUGGUGCCCUCAAAGCACCCCUGCCGUGGUGCCCUCAAAGCACCCCUGCCGUGGUGCCCUCAAAGCACCCCUGCCGUGGUGCCCUCAAAGCACCCCUGCCGUGGUGCCCUCAAAGCACCCCUGCCGUGGUGCCCUCAAAGCACCCCUGCCGUGGUGCCCUCAAAGCACCCCUGCCGUGGUGCCCUCAAAGCACCCCUGCCGUGGUGCCCUCAAAGCACCCCUGCCGUGGUGCCCUCAAAGCACCCCUGCCGUGGUGCCCUCAAAGCACCCCUGCCGUGGUGCCCUCAAAGCACCCCUGCCGUGGUGCCCUCAAAGCACCCCUGCCGUGGUGCCCUCAAAGCACCCCUGCCGUGGUGCCCUCAAAGCACCCCUGCCGUGGUGCCCUCAAAGCACCCCUGCCGUGGUGCCCUCAAAGCACCCCUGCCGUGGUGCCCUCAAAGCACCCCUGCCGUGGUGCCCUCAAAGCACCCCUGCCGUGGUGCCCUCAAAGCACCCCUGCCGUGGUGCCCUCAAAGCACCCCUGCCGUGGUGCCCUCAAAGCACCCCUGCCGUGGUGCCCUCAAAGCACCCCUGCCGUGGUGCCCUCAAAGCACCCCUGCCGUGGUGCCCUCAAAGCACCCCUGCCGUGGUGCCCUCAAAGCACCCCUGCCGUGGUGCCCUCAAAGCACCCCUGCCGUGGUGCCCUCAAAGCACCCCUGCCGUGGUGCCCUCAAAGCACCCCUGCCGUGGUGCCCUCAAAGCACCCCUGCCGUGGUGCCCUCAAAGCACCCCUGCCGUGGUGCCCUCAAAGCACCCCUGCCGUGGUGCCCUCAAAGCACCCCUGCCGUGGUGCCCUCAAAGCACCCCUGCCGUGGUGCCCUCAAAGCACCCCUGCCGUGGUGCCCUCAAAGCACCCCUGCCGUGGUGCCCUCAAAGCACCCCUGCCGUGGUGCCCUCAAAGCACCCCUGCCGUGGUGCCCUCAAAGCACCCCUGCCGUGGUGCCCUCAAAGCACCCCUGCCGUGGUGCCCUCAAAGCACCCCUGCCGUGGUGCCCUCAAAGCACCCCUGCCGUGGUGCCCUCAAAGCACCCCUGCCGUGGUGCCCUCAAAGCACCCCUGCCGUGGUGCCCUCAAAGCACCCCUGCCGUGGUGCCCUCAAAGCACCCCUGCCGUGGUGCCCUCAAAGCACCCCUGCCGUGGUGCCCUCAAAGCACCCCUGCCGUGGUGCCCUCAAAGCACCCCUGCCGUGGUGCCCUCAAAGCACCCCUGCCGUGGUGCCCUCAAAGCACCCCUGCCGUGGUGCCCUCAAAGCACCCCUGCCGUGGUGCCCUCAAAGCACCCCUGCCGUGGUGCCCUCAAAGCACCCCUGCCGUGGUGCCCUCAAAGCACCCCUGCCGUGGUGCCCUCAAAGCACCCCUGCCGUGGUGCCCUCAAAGCACCCCUGCCGUGGUGCCCUCAAAGCACCCCUGCCGUGGUGCCCUCAAAGCACCCCUGCCGUGGUGCCCUCAAAGCACCCCUGCCGUGGUGCCCUCAAAGCACCCCUGCCGUGGUGCCCUCAAAGCACCCCUGCCGUGGUGCCCUCAAAGCACCCCUGCCGUGGUGCCCUCAAAGCACCCCUGCCGUGGUGCCCUCAAAGCACCCCUGCCGUGGUGCCCUCAAAGCACCCCUGCCGUGGUGCCCUCAAAGCACCCCUGCCGUGGUGCCCUCAAAGCACCCCUGCCGUGGUGCCCUCAAAGCACCCCUGCCGUGGUGCCCUCAAAGCACCCCUGCCGUGGUGCCCUCAAAGCACCCCUGCCGUGGUGCCCUCAAAGCACCCCUGCCGUGGUGCCCUCAAAGCACCCCUGCCGUGGUGCCCUCAAAGCACCCCUGCCGUGGUGCCCUCAAAGCACCCCUGCCGUGGUGCCCUCAAAGCACCCCUGCCGUGGUGCCCUCAAAGCACCCCUGCCGUGGUGCCCUCAAAGCACCCCUGCCGUGGUGCCCUCAAAGCACCCCUGCCGUGGUGCCCUCAAAGCACCCCUGCCGUGGUGCCCUCAAAGCACCCCUGCCGUGGUGCCCUCAAAGCACCCCUGCCGUGGUGCCCUCAAAGCACCCCUGCCGUGGUGCCCUCAAAGCACCCCUGCCGUGGUGCCCUCAAAGCACCCCUGCCGUGGUGCCCUCAAAGCACCCCUGCCGUGGUGCCCUCAAAGCACCCCUGCCGUGGUGCCCCUCAAAGCACCCCUGCCGUGGUGCCCUCAAAGCACCCCUGCCGUGGUGCCCUCAAAGCACCCCUGCCGUGGUGCCCUCAAAGCACCCCUGCCGUGGUGCCCUCAAAGCACCCCUGCCGUGGUGCCCUCAAAGCACCCCUGCCGUGGUGCCCUCAAAGCACCCCUGCCGUGGUGCCCUCAAAGCACCCCUGCCGUGGUGCCCUCAAAGCACCCCUGCCGUGGUGCCCUCAAAGCACCCCUGCCGUGGUGCCCUCAAAGCACCCCUGCCGUGGUGCCCUCAAAGCACCCCUGCCGUGGUGCCCUCAAAGCACCCCUGCCGUGGUGCCCUCAAAGCACCCCUGCCGUGGUGCCCUCAAAGCACCCCUGCCGUGGUGCCCUCAAAGCACCCCUGCCGUGGUGCCCUCAAAGCACCCCUGCCGUGGUGCCCUCAAAGCACCCCUGCCGUGGUGCCCUCAAAGCACCCCUGCCGUGGUGCCCUCAAAGCACCCCUGCCGUGGUGCCCUCAAAGCACCCCUGCCGUGGUGCCCUCAAAGCACCCCUGCCGUGGUGCCCUCAAAGCACCCCUGCCGUGGUGCCCUCAAAGCACCCCUGCCGUGGUGCCCUCAAAGCACCCCUGCCGUGGUGCCCUCAAAGCACCCCUGCCGUGGUGCCCUCAAAGCACCCCUGCCGUGGUGCCCUCAAAGCACCCCUGCCGUGGUGCCCUCAAAGCACCCCUGCCGUGGUGCCCUCAAAGCACCCCUGCCGUGGUGCCCUCAAAGCACCCCUGCCGUGGUGCCCUCAAAGCACCCCUGCCGUGGUGCCCUCAAAGCACCCCUGCCGUGGUGCCCUCAAAGCACCCCUGCCGUGGUGCCCUCAAAGCACCCCUGCCGUGGUGCCCUCAAAGCACCCCUGCCGUGGUGCCCUCAAAGCACCCCUGCCGUGGUGCCCUCAAAGCACCCCUGCCGUGGUGCCCUCAAAGCACCCCUGCCGUGGUGCCCUCAAAGCACCCCUGCCGUGGUGCCCUCAAAGCACCCCUGCCGUGGUGCCCUCAAAGCACCCCUGCCGUGGUGCCCUCAAAGCACCCCUGCCGUGGUGCCCUCAAAGCACCCCUGCCGUGGUGCCCUCAAAGCACCCCUGCCGUGGUGCCCUCAAAGCACCCCUGCCGUGGUGCCCUCAAAGCACCCCUGCCGUGGUGCCCUCAAAGCACCCCUGCCGUGGUGCCCUCAAAGCACCCCUGCCGUGGUGCCCUCAAAGCACCCCUGCCGUGGUGCCCUCAAAGCACCCCUGCCGUGGUGCCCUCAAAGCACCCCUGCCGUGGUGCCCUCAAAGCACCCCUGCCGUGGUGCCCUCAAAGCACCCCUGCCGUGGUGCCCUCAAAGCACCCCUGCCGUGGUGCCCUCAAAGCACCCCUGCCGUGGUGCCCUCAAAGCACCCCUGCCGUGGUGCCCUCAAAGCACCCCUGCCGUGGUGCCCUCAAAGCACCCCUGCCGUGGUGCCCUCAAAGCACCCCUGCCGUGGUGCCCUCAAAGCACCCCUGCCGUGGUGCCCUCAAAGCACCCCUGCCGUGGUGCCCUCAAAGCACCCCUGCCGUGGUGCCCUCAAAGCACCCCUGCCGUGGUGCCCUCAAAGCACCCCUGCCGUGGUGCCCUCAAAGCACCCCUGCCGUGGUGCCCUCAAAGCACCCCUGCCGUGGUGCCCUCAAAGCACCCCUGCCGUGGUGCCCUCAAAGCACCCCUGCCGUGGUGCCCUCAAAGCACCCCUGCCGUGGUGCCCUCAAAGCACCCCUGCCGUGGUGCCCUCAAAGCACCCCUGCCGUGGUGCCCUCAAAGCACCCCUGCCGUGGUGCCCUCAAAGCACCCCUGCCGUGGUGCCCUCAAAGCACCCCUGCCGUGGUGCCCUCAAAGCACCCCUGCCGUGGUGCCCUCAAAGCACCCCUGCCGUGGUGCCCUCAAAGCACCCCUGCCGUGGUGCCCUCAAAGCACCCCUGCCGUGGUGCCCUCAAAGCACCCCUGCCGUGGUGCCCUCAAAGCACCCCUGCCGUGGUGCCCUCAAAGCACCCCUGCCGUGGUGCCCUCAAAGCACCCCUGCCGUGGUGCCCUCAAAGCACCCCUGCCGUGGUGCCCUCAAAGCACCCCUGCCGUGGUGCCCUCAAAGCACCCCUGCCGUGGUGCCCUCAAAGCACCCCUGCCGUGGUGCCCUCAAAGCACCCCUGCCGUGGUGCCCUCAAAGCACCCCUGCCGUGGUGCCCUCAAAGCACCCCUGCCGUGGUGCCCUCAAAGCACCCCUGCCGUGGUGCCCUCAAAGCACCCCUGCCGUGGUGCCCUCAAAGCACCCCUGCCGUGGUGCCCUCAAAGCACCCCUGCCGUGGUGCCCUCAAAGCACCCCUGCCGUGGUGCCCUCAAAGCACCCCUGCCGUGGUGCCCUCAAAGCACCCCUGCCGUGGUGCCCUCAAAGCACCCCUGCCGUGGUGCCCUCAAAGCACCCCUGCCGUGGUGCCCUCAAAGCACCCCUGCCGUGGUGCCCUCAAAGCACCCCUGCCGUGGUGCCCUCAAAGCACCCCUGCCGUGGUGCCCUCAAAGCACCCCCCCACAGCCCUCAUCUCAUGUCACUCGUCCUCACUCCUGUAUCCCCUGA